AUGCCAAGUUUAUCAUCCAUCGAUCUGUCAUACAACCUUCCUGAUGGAAGAACCUUCCGACAUUCCCCUGCAACAGCAUUCAUCGGUAACAAAGGGUUAUGUGGUAAAGCAAGAGGGCUGCAACCUUGUGAUUCAUCUACGGUUGAAAGGCAUUCCAUGAGAAGUCACAAGCUCUUGAUCAUUAUUCUUGUUCCUCUUUUUGGUGCUGGUCUUUUGCUUCUCCUAUUUAUCAAAGUCUAUUCCAUCUUUACAAAGAAAGUGAAAGAAGUUGACAAUAAGAGGGUGCUAACUAAUGAAGACCUAUUCUCGAUAUGGAAUUAUGAUGGAAAGAUUGUGUUUGAAGACAUCAUUGAAGCAACGGAGGACUUCGAUGAGAAAUACUGCAUUGGUGUUGGAGGUUAUGGCAGAGUCUACAAGGAAAUUCUUCCAACAUGUCAGAUUGUGGCUGCAUUGAUAGAAAUUAGGCAUCGCAACAUCGUGAAGCUUUAUGGAUUCUGUUCUCAUCCUCGACGCAUGUUCUUAGUAUAUGAGUAUAUCGAAAAAGGUAGUAUAGCUGCAAUUCUAAGAAAUGAUGAGCAGGCAAUGGAGUUGAAUUGGAUCAAUAGGAUGAAGGUCAUUAAAGGUCUAGCCAAUGCUUUAUCUUGUAUGCACCAUGAUAUAGACCCGGUAAUAGUACAUCGAGAUACAACAAGCAACAAUGUUUUGUUGAAUUGUGAGAACGAGUGCUUUGCAUCUGAUUUUGGCGCUGCAAGGCUUCUGAAGCCUGACGACUCUAACUGGAGCACACUUGCUGGCACAUUCGGAUAUGUCGCUCCAGAUAAAUGUUCUGACUUUUCUCUUGCAGAGCUAGCGUACACAAUGAAGGUGACUGAGAAAUAUGAUGUAUAUAGUUUUGGUGUGGUUACUCUGGAAAUCAUAAUAGGAAAGCAUCCUUUAGAGAUUAUAUCAGCAGUACAAUCUAAUUUUGGUGAGGAUAUACUUCUGAAGGAUGUGUUGGAUCGACGUAUCCCUCCACCGGAGGAUCAACUCGAAAGAGAGGUGUUUUCAGCAGUCCUCCUCGCAAUAUCAUGCACAGAUCCCAAUCCACAAUUGCGACCAACCAUGCAACAUGCAUCUCAGUCACUCUAG